GUGCUGCUCCAUCUCUUCUCAGACUUGUCGGGCUCUGCGGUGCAGCACAUUGAGGUGACCUCCUGCAGCUCCACAGCCAGACGAGACCACGCAGGAAGAAGCUGCUGCAUCAUUCAGCCUUGGCAGGAGGUUUCCUCUUUUUUUUUUUUUGUUUAAAGUUGGAUGGGACUUUUUCAACAUGCUUAAGUCUCUAUUUGUAUAUGGAGUGUUGGGAGUGAUGCUCAUUCCAGUAAAAUCUCAGCUUAUAACCGUGUGCGUGGAAGAGGAUGAGGAACUGAGAGUAGACUGUCUGAUCGAGCCCAAACCUAAUAAAAUCAACACCUAUCAGUUCUCGUGGUCUAUCGGGCCCAGGCAGGAGACCAUUAACACCAAUGUGUCCGGUGAUUCAGCAAAUAAGGAGUUCAAAGACAAAAGCAGAGUGGAGGAGCUGGAGCCCGUCGGCUACAGAAUGACGCUGUCAGACUUCAGAGAUAAACUCUCAGACAACACCACCUUCCUGUGCAAAAUAUCCGGGCAGGGUGCAAACAUCAGUGUUCAGAAGGAUAAUAUUCUCAGCUGCUCAGCCGUAAGCCUGCUUCUGAAGAACUCCUGGUCCUGGAUGGUCUGCCUGCUGCUUUUCUUCUAUCACACACACAGCUAAGAAAGCUAUUUUACUGAAAACAUACAGGCUAGUGCACGAGCACACACAUCUAGCCCAUCUCUGCUUUUUGUCUACAUCCAUAAACAUCCCUUGCAUAAAAAACGCCGAACAACACGCUGCACAGAUGUAACCGUCUCUCUCUGUCUAAUCUUAUCUUCCAAGAAGCACUGAAACAAUAUUGGAAUGUUUCCAGUAAUAAUGAUGACUCAGAUAUGGUUCAACAUAAAUAUUUAGUGACUUGCUAUUUGUAUGCAUAAACACAGCUAUACUCUGGGUAUGUAGGUAAAUAUUACUUUGGAAGAUGCUGCAUUUGUUUCCUGUGUUUUCAAUAAAGAUACAACUUAAAACCUGAUUCUAAUUUGCUGUGAAUAGAUAGAAAGUUUGAGAUGAAAAAAAUGGAACACGUGUGGGGGGGUGUUUAUAAUUACAAAAUCAGUCUUAUCUUCAUCUUGACACUAAAUAAUGAUUUAGGGUCAUGUCUUGGCAUGAUUUAAAAAGAAAAAAAAACUCCAGUGGUGUCUUUAAAGACUCCUCAAAGAAAAAGCUAAGAAUUCAUAAGAAGCUUGUCUUUUUACUCUAAGGAGCUUGGAAAGAAAAGCGUCUGGACUUCUUUAAGUUGCUUGAAGACGUUUCACCUCUCAUCUUCUUCAGUUCUAGGGUCCAAUGGUGGAGAGUCCCAGAUUUAAGCUAUGUGGGCGUAACCCACCGAGAGGGACAAUGGACCCCCUAAUGAUCCUCUACCUAAUCACAUGAGCCAAGGUGUGAAAACAGGUGUAGGUCACAAUCAGCCAAGGUUUCGGGUGAGCUCAUUGUGAAACCUAGCCCCACCCUAUCAUGUGAUUUCCUGAGGUCAGAUGGCCCAGGAUGUGAGUGGGCGUCAAGGCGUCUGGGAAGGGAUCUCAACACUGGAUUAUAGAUGGCAGACGGUGUCGUAAACCACUGCCUCUGUUAAAAGAUGGUCGCUCAUAGUGGACAUAGAUGGCUUCUUUCACUCCUCUUUCAACCACCAAUCUCUUAACAAUAGCUGCUACCCUGAACUGUUCUCAGAUCACUUGCAAAAGGUUUACUUUCUGCUCCAAGAGUCAAGACUAAACACACAGAAGUUACAUUUGAAUUUUAUGCUCCACUUUGUUGGAACGCCCUUCCAGGUAAUGUGAGCUUUGCUUCAUACUGUAGUGAUUUAAAAUCAACAGAACAGAACCUUUCUGUUUGAUCUGUUUUGCCACUGUUAUUGUAAGCUGUUACUAUUUAUUUAUUGAUACUAUUUAUUGGUGUUCAGUACUGUGCUUGAACUGCAGUAUACAUUUGGCGAUCCUGUUAUUGUUAUGUUGGGGUUUUGUUUGUUUGUUUGUUUGUGUUUUUGUAUAUUUGUGAAUUCUCUGAGUCACACUUUAUGUAACUUUGUGUUUGUAAUGCGCUUUUAUGAAUUAAAGGGCAUGACUUCCGAUUAA